AGGCUUUGUUAAAAGAUGAAAAUAAUUAUUACAUUUACAAGGAUAGUUGGAUAGAACACUUUAACAAAUCUGGAUAUUCAGUCUAUGGUAUAGAUUUGCAGGGUCAUGGACAAUCUGAUGGAUAUGGGAAUUUAAAGGCUAAUGUGAAAGAGUAUGACGAUAUGGUGUAUGACGUGAUACAAUACAUUAAUGAAAUUCAUGACAAAGUGAGUUCAUAUGGUGAUAAUUCUGCGGAUUCAUCAUCAUCUAGUGACGAAAAUUGUGAAGAGGUACCCUCAACUAGUAACAGAAGCCGUGGUACAUUGUUAUGUGUCAAAGGAACAGAAAAAGAAUCACAACCUCCUGGCAAAACAGAAGGCAAAUUGUCAGACAGCAGCGGGAGUGAUAAAUCGUCAGGGGGCAAAGAUAAAGACAAAUCGUCAAAAAACAAUAGUAGUGAUAAAUCGUCAAGCAACAAACGAAGGGAUAAGUGGUACAAUAGUAAAAAGGGCGGUGAAUCCUGCAGUAGCAAAAUGAGUGAUGGUUAUGAUAGCAGACGUAGUCAUCAGUCUAGUGGCCAAAUAAGUGAUAAGUCCUUUCCUAAGAAGGAACUUAUGUUAUAUGAAUCACGCUCUACCAUUAUAACGAUGGAAAAAAUAUCAGUUCAUGAAAUAAAAAAUAAUCAACAUUCCAUGACAUAUAGUGAGGAACUUUAA